GCCUCCGUGUCUCAGUCCCUAUUGUAAGCGGGCGUUUCUUGAGGCGAACCAUGCAUUCAGGCUGACGGUCACUUCGGUCGGCAGCUUGGUGGCAUGUCCAUUGGUAGUCCGCAAUGGGUUCCUUGGGUUCUGCAGGAGGAUAAGGCGUUGGAAGUUUUGAAGGCUGCAUGGGACAGCGGCGUCAACACUAUCGAUACUGCGAAUGCUUACUCUAACGGAGAAUCCGAGAGGGUCAUCGCCAAGUUCAUCAAGCAGAACAACAUCCCGCGAGAGAACAUCGUCAUCCUAGACAAGAUCGGCUUCCCAGUGGCGCCCGACGUAGGAACGUUCACCUUUGGAAUGUUCGACGGGGACACCCGCGACUACGUCAACCGCACCGGCCUCUCGCGCGCGGCGAUCUUCAACGAAGUGGACGCGUCGCUCAGGAGGCUCGAGACGACGUACAUUGACCUUCUGCAGAUCCAUGUCUUCGACAGCACCGUCCCGAUUGAGGAGACGAUGAAGGCGCUGCACGACCUCGUCAGCAGCGGGAAGGUCCGCUACAUCGGCGCAUGCAACCUGCGCGCCUGGCAGCUCGCCGAGGCGAACCACGUCGCGGAGCUGCAUGGAUGGACACAGUUCACCUGUGUGCAAGUCGAACACUCCCUCCUUUACCGGCCACAAGAAGUGGAGAUGUUCGCGUACUGCGCGCACAAAGGCAUCGGUGUCAUCUCCUACUCACCUCUCAUGGACGGCCAUCUUGCACGGCCCAUCGAGACCGAGACCUUCCGCACGCAGAACAUCAACGGCACGCCCUUCGAGAAGAAGCGACGCCCGAGCGACCACGCAAUCAUCAAGCGCGUGCAAGAACUAGCGGACAAGCAUGACUGGUCCAUGGCCCAAGUCGCACUUGCAUGGUCGAACACGAAGGUGUCCAGUCUCAUUGUUGGCGCAAACUCGCCCGAUCGUCUGAGGGGGUGCAUCACAACGGGAAAGACUCUGACACCGGAGGAUAUUGCAUACCUGGAAGCACCGUAUGAGUAUCAGCCAUACAGAUACUAACUUUGCGACUUUUCCCGAGUAGCUAGCUCUUGGGUUUUAUGUGCGGCGCACGCUAUGUAUGAGUG